AAUUAUUCUAUGAAAGAUUUUAUUUAUGGUUUACGAAAUCCUUGAAUAAUUUCCUUGUAACUUGGAUUUUAAAUGUUAGGUUUUUGUUUUCUCCGAUCUCUGUGUGAAGAUGUCCUAGGUUUUGAGUCCUCCAAGAAACCCUGUGCUCAUACUCUUAUUUAUCCUAUGAUUUCGCUUGUUCUUUAAUUAGCCUUGUGAAUUUUUGCUAAGUCAGCGAUAAAGCCUCUGUCGUAAUUUCUAGUGACCUUGUAGCAAAACUUAGGGCCUAUUGUAAUCUACGUUAUACCAUGUUCAUAUAGUAAUAACGCACAUCCUGUAAUGCGAUUAAACCAUUCCAUGUUCGUAGACAGAUCUACCUCCUUCAUACCCAUAUUGUGAAUCAGAUCAAAGAACUCGGAGAAAAUAUUAAAAGACUCCAAAAAACAAUGAAGCAUCAAGUUUGUAUUGUGUACCAGAGUGUAACAAUGGACAGUUUUAAAUUGUGGACACAGUGAAGAACCAUACAUCAGAGUACCAAACACGAAGGAAACCGGAAAAGCGGGUGGAAACCGUUGAUGCAAGGAAAUGGAAACCCUGAGGCAGAGAUCGGAAUAAGAACUUCAAAUUAAGGAAAUGAAAGCCCUAAAGUGGAAAAUGGAACAAGAUGCGAAAAAAUUAAAGAUUGAAAAUAAUGAUGCAGCAGAAGAUAAAUGGAUAAAUCACAACAAUGUAUGGAACAGCUACAAGAAGCAGUUGAAACCGGGAGAGCCACCAAGAGUAUGUGCAAUGAAAUGAUCGAAAUUGAAGUUAUGAGUUUUGCCGAGAAUGCUCCAAAAUAUAAUCGAAGCCUGGAGAAAAAGUUUGAAUGGUGCAAGAAGUUGGAAACAAUCUCAGAUUAUGACGUGAAAAGGAUGCUGUAUUUCUGCAUCACAGGAUCAGCUAGAAAAGAGAUAGUGACGUUGUAUCCUACAGGGUUGGCAUUUAACUAUGGAACGGUAGAAUUUUUUAGAGAAAUGUUGAUAAGGGUCUCACCAGCAUUUGAAGAAAUUAGGAAAAGAUUGUUACAAGAACAUCAUGAAUACCUAGACAAAAGACAUAGAGAAGAGGAGACCAGAAGAGCAAUGCAGAAAGGAAGGAUACUGAGGUAAAGAAUAUUUCUGAGAGUUUAAAAAUCAAGACUUCAAAUCCUGAAUUCCUUGGAAACCUGAAAUAUCCCGGAAAAAUACAAGGAGUAGUGAUGAGUUGAAAAAAAGGUCCGGAAUCGGAUGGAAGAGAACUGGACAGAUUAUCUGAGAUACAAGACCGGCUUCACAAAUGGAAUUGGGAUAAUUGGAAAGAAAUAGAGAAUAAUAAUUCCAGAACAUAAUCCUAGUUUAGCAGAUAUCAUACAAGAUGACGUGAAGAAACAAGAAGAGAAGAAUGAACAGAACUUCAUAUCAAUGUUACCAGAGAAACAGGAUUCAAGUCAACAACUAAUAUUGCAGAAAAAGGAUAUGAUAAGACAACAUACAAGCCGUUGAACCAAAGAAACAGGAGAUCGUAGAUAAAAUGUAAACAGAAACAAUAGUUGAUGUACAGAAAUCAACAGCAGUGUUACAAUUACAACUAAUGAUGCAGAGAAUGGAGCAAAUGGAGCUAAUUAACUGAGCUAUGGAUGCGAAACUUGAACCAUGUAGAAAGACAUUGAUGAAAGAAAAUUCAAGAUAAAAUAAGAAUCGGAUAUGCAGACACGGGAAAACAAUGCAAAACCAGAGGAGAGCCAGAAUACUAUUGCAGUAAUAGAUUGUACCUGGAGAAGAGUAAGAAAACAUUUAUCCAUGAAAACCUUGAGACAGAUGACAACACAGUUCUGGGAAAACAGGAAACGGAAAGAGUAUCCUAGAGUUGGAUGAAGUUAACCAAAUGGCGGAAAUGACGAAAUCAUGAAAUCAUAAAGAAUAUUGAUGAGGCGGCGGACAAAUGGCGGAAAUGGUGUGAGAAGUGGCGAAGAGAUGAACAACAGAAUCAAGGAGGUUGACAAAUGACGGAAAUUUUGGAAUCCAGGAGGGAUAUUAAAGAGGUAAAAAGAAGAUAAUAUCGAAUACGGCAUUUUCAGUUAAGCGCUCUAACAAUGGAUGUCUGGAAACCCUGGAAUUGAAUGAAAUUAAUGAUGUGAAAAAGAGUUAUCCUGAUUUAAGAAAUCCAUAGGACAAAAUAAAUUAGUUGGAAAUGAUGUAACUUUGUAUGAAAAAGUCUUAUUUCAGAAACAUGGAAUCUGGAAUAAUUAAAAGGAAAAGUGAUGAUUGCGAAAAUAUUCCUGUCAAGAGGAUGACUAAUGAACCUCAGAACAUGGACGUACAGGAGAACGUGGUUAGGGUGAAGAACAUGGUCAGGAAGGAUAUGCAGCAUGAACAAAGAGUAAAUAAUGAUAUGAACGGGAAAGAGAAAAUCAUGAAUGGGACAGAGAAAAACAUGAACGAGGUGGAAAAGAACAUGAUUAGGGGAGAGAAGAACAUGAACAGAGAAGAGAAGAACAUGAAUGGGGAAGAGAAGAACAUAAACUAUGUGGUAAAGAACAUGAAAGAGGUAGAGAAGAACAUGAACGAGGUGAAAGAGAACAUGAACGGGGAAGAUAGGAACGUGAACGGGAAGAGAAGAACAUAAACGAGGUGGAAAAGAACAUGAAGGAGGUGGAAAAGAACAUGAACAAGGAAGAAAAGAACAUGAACGAGGAAGAAAAGAACAUGAACGGGGAAGAAAAGAACAUACGAGGUGGAAAAGAACAUGAACGAGGUAGAAAAGAACAUGAAUGGGGAAGAGGAGAACAUGAACAGAAAAAAGAAGAAUAUGAACGAGGUGGAAAAGAACAUGAACGAGGUGGAAAAGAACAAGAACAAGGUAGAAAUUAACAUGAACGGGGAAAGAACAUGAACCGGGAUGAUUGAGUGUAGUUAAGAUUGUCUUGUUUGUGGAAACGAAGGACUUAGUUAUAGGGGAGGGAAAACAAGAAAAUCAUCUUACCAAGAAGAUAUUAGAACAAGAGAAACAGAUUAACCAUUUCAAAUCAGAAAAAGAAGAUAACAAAGCUGAUCAAAUAUAAAGAUGUUUGAACUGGAGAAAAAGAUAAAUGACGAGAAAUCAAUGAAGGAGAUUGCAAUAAAAGAGAAAGAUGAUCUACUAGAAAGAAAUCUUAAACUGGAAAAGGAAAAUAAUGAUAAAAAACAUUGAAAAAUAAAUAUGAGAAGGAGAAAGAUGAUAUUCUGGAUUUUCGGAAAAAAGAAGUUACUUGUUUUGUCUGUCUUAUGAUCCCAAGAACUAAGAAAAUACCUAUCUGUAGGAAUGGGCACACUACCUGUGAAACAUGUAAAAGGAUGGAAUGUCCUAUCUGUAGAACUAGGAUGGAAGACGACAUGUUCUCUCCUCUAACCCAAAACAUCACAGAUCUGUUGGCAGUACCCUGCAUAUUCAUGGAUCAGGGGUGCACCAUCAAACUCAAGAAGAGUAAGAUAGUGGAACAUGAGAAGGAAGAAUACUAUCUGCAUUUAAUUAAAACUUUUCAACAUUUAAACUUCAGUGUCCAGGAUGCAAAGUGAAGUAUAAAACAUUUACCCUGAUCACUUCCUAAAUUGUUUAAGAAUUGAUGAGGACGAAGAUGUGACUGAAGUUGUAUGAGCCACAUAUUGAACAAUAUAGUGACAACAUGAUAGUAUCUUAUGUUCCAACUGUAUUCAACCUUGAAAAUUCCAAGAAUUGGUUUUUUUCUCUGUACUGAAGUUCUGGAAGAUAAGCUGGCGUUCUGUAUGAAGUGGAGAGGAGAGAAAGGAAAAAUACAUCUAUAAGUUCAAGAUCCCCAAUGUUAGGAACAGUUUCUCUAGGUCUAUGAGUGGAGUGAUGUACUUCUUUUGAAAUGGAAGCUAAAGAUGCCAUGUUGGGAGGAUGUACUCUUGAAUGAUAAAGUAAUAGAAAAGAUGUGUUUUUGCGUAAACAUUCUCAGCCCUGAAGUUUGCUACUUUUGCAUUAGGAAUACCUGAACUUGGAACGAAAAAUUAUGAAACUUAUCAUUAAGAUUUUAAAACUAGUUGAUUGAUCAAUUAUCAGCUAUAAAGGUUUUUUUUUAUAUGAAGCAUAAAA